GAGUGCAGGGUGAGCAAAUUACAGAGAAGGGGUGAAGAGACAGUGAAAGGUGUCACUAAAAUAACAAGCUUCACAGGAUUUAAAGGAAGAAAAAAGGAAACAAAUGAAAUAAUAUAAUGGCUUGAAAGAGAGGGGGAAAACCUGGAUACCCUCUGUGUCUUUUUUGUGAGAGUCGAGGAGUUCCAAGAGGGCUUUUAUCCUUUCCCAUUCCUGUCAUUCAUCAUGGUCGACCUUUUCCUAAACCGAGUUCUCAUAGAGAACAACUGGGACCAAGAUGAACUCAACACUGAACGUGAGAUCAUUGGGAUUCUCGAAAAUCGCAUCAUCAUGCUGUUCUUUGCAUCUGCUGAAUGUGAAAAGUGCCUGGAGUUUGUGCCUGUUCUGAAUGACUUCUUUAAGAGACUGAAAGAUCCAGCAUACAUCGAAUACCCGAAACUGCUCGCACUCAUCUACAUCAGCUUGGACCAAUCAGAGGAGAAGCAGGAAAAAUAUCUCAAGGAGCUGCACAAAAAGGUUCUGUUUCUGGCCUUUGGGGACCCGUACAGGAAGGAACUGCAAACCAUGUUUAAAGUGAAGGAUGUACCAACAAUAGUGGUCCUCCGUCCCGAUGGCUCUGUUCUCUCUCCAAAUGCUGUGCAGGACAUCUGUCGUUUCGGCUGUGACUGUUUCCGGAACUGGCAGGAAUCAGCUGAGCUUGUAGAAAGGAGCUUCAUGCUCAAUGAGGAGUUUGACAACCUUAACCUGCGCAGUGCCACUGACCCUGUGAGAAGGCUUAAGUACAAAACAGAAGAUGAUAAACGCAAAAAGAAAUGGUGGAAGUUAUGGGGGAAUGGAAAAGAUGGAAAUGAAGAGGAGGGGGAGAAAGAUGGCGUAUGGGAUGCCAAGAGAAAGGAGGGAGAUAAAGGAACCUGGAGGAGAAGAUGAGGAAAAUGUGUAACCAAAAAAAAUAUGCUAUCACUCAAAACUUUAGGAGAAAUGUUCUUGGUUUAUAAAGAAAAUAACAUUUAUUUUUUAUCUGAUAUAGCAGGAAAUUAAUCAGAAAUAACUGCAAUUAAGCAUCUAUGAUUUUCAAUCUGUUAUAUGAAUGGGGACAGCACAGUCAUGCAGUGGUUAUCACUGUUGCCUCACAGCAAGAAGGUCCUGGGUUUGAGUCCAGUCCUUUCUGUGUGGAGUUUGAAUGUUCUCCCUGUGCGUGGGUUCUACCUCUGUACUCCAGCUUCCUAUCACACUCUGUAGGCAUGCAUGGGUUUAGGUUAAUUGCUGAGCACGACGUGAGGAGGGCGUUUAGACGUGUAAACACCAGGAAAGCGGCUGGACCAGACGGUAUUAGUGGACGUGUCCUUAAGACCUGCGCUGACCAGCUGGCACCUGUGUUUACAGUGAUAU